AGGGGGCAAUAUUGUGAUUGUGAAUGACACUCUUCUCUGUUGAGUAGACUGUGGUGACUAUAUUCUGAGUUACAGGAUUCUUAAAGCAUGUUGAUCUUCAGUAGUGUUUAAACUUUAUUUUGACCACGGUCCGCUGAUACACUAGCGCUAAAGUUUUAGAUUGGCGAAAAACAUGACUGCCAAUGAAGACCAGGAGAUGGAGUUGGAGGCUCUGCGCUCAAUCUAUGAAGGAGAUGACUGCUUUAAAGAGCUCAGCUCUGUUUCUUUCCAGUACAGGGUAGGAGAUCUUGAUGACAUUAAAUCCUUCCUGCUGGAAGUGUCUUGGCCAGAGAACUAUCCUGAAACUGCACCGCACAUAUCAUUAGAUGCUUUUUUCAACAACAGAAUAUCGCUGGAGACAAAACAGUACAUUCUCUCCAAGAUGAGUGAACAGGUGGAAGCCAACCUUGGCACUGCCAUGGUGUACACGCUUUUUGAGUGGGCCAAAGAGAACCAGGAAACACUCAUGGAAAACCACCAGCCCGUGACAUCCGCUGUGACCUUGAUAUCCAACAGCGAUGUCAUGAAUAAUUCCACCUCAGUCAGUAAGAAGAAGAAGGAGAAGAAAGAGCAACUAACCAAAGCACAGAAGAGGAAACUAAUUGGAAGAACAGAUAAUAAGGGUGAACUACCAAGAGGUUGGAACUGGGUAGACGUUGUUAAGCUGAGCAAAACUGGAGGAAAAGAAGAAGAUUAGAGAGAUACCUUCAGAGGGAAUGAUGGAUUGAAGUAGUGCCGGGUGAAUGUAUGGAUGAAGUGUGUUUCUGUGCACUUUUUUUUUUUUUUUGCAAUGAAAGCCUGACCUGAAUUCUCUCCGGCCAUGAUUUCAAUUCACCUGAAGCUGCCACAGAGCCGAUUUGACACCGAGUGGAAGGAUCUCUGCCGUCAUAAAGACACGUGCCCUCACAGCUGUCCUAAAUUAGCUGAGCCACAAAUGAACAUCAUGAGGCGUAAGAAAAAUAACACUGGUUGAAAUGCCUGUAUUUUGGAAAUGGUAGAACAGUUGAGCGUCACUUAAUAAAGAUAACAUCAGUGUGAUGUGCAAUUUUUUAAUCUAGUGUAUUUUCCUAUAAAUGCUUCAUGGGUAGUUUAAAGGUGCUAUUCAAUAUGGCAGGGGUUACUAAAAUAAAACCAGUAUUAUUUAGCUGGUCAUGUGAUCUCAACAUGGCAGCCCUCUAUAGGCCUUCUGCCAUGUCAAAUAAAUAACCUUUGGCUACAAGCAAAAAAUCAAUGUUUUUAUGUUAUAUGUGGAAGAUAUUUUAUAGAGGUAUAUAUGUGUGUUUUUUAAAAGAAAUAAAAAUGUUUUAAAGCACA